ACUGAGUUUGAGAAACACACACACACCCACAACAUUGUUUUAUUAGGCCUACACCAUUAUGAAAUUAUAAAAGUGCUGUGAACUAAUUAAGAUAUAAUUUCGCCAAAACCUUGGCAGGUUCAACGGAAUUGGGUGGGCGUCUUUUAAAUUGUUGUGAAAUAGUCAUGUAUGCUGUAUUUCGCAAUAUUCCGUGGAUUGGAUGGUUACCGGAAUAACUGGAAUUUGAACAAUGAGUCACGCGAUUUUAAAAAAGUGACCUUUCUCCACGAACAGAAAGACUAAAAAUGCUUUAAGUUUUUCACAUAUCUACAUUGACGAAAGGAUUCAACUAGGACAGGUGCCUUCUCCAGCCCACCCUGUGCUAUUGCCUAGAGGGUGAGGAGACAGUUGUGACAAUCGCUUUCACGAUAUGUGAGGCAAAGGUCCGAAGGAGGAAUCGGUCAAACUGUUGCUGAACACAAAGCUCGUGUUACUAUGGAGAUUCAGAGGAACGGAUUCAAAAGAGAAAGUUACAUUCUCUCUGUGGACGUGGGGACAACAUCGAUCAGAUGUCACAUUUUCGACAAGGAAGCCCAGAUUCGAGGAUCAUGCACCACCAAGGUGAAUCUCUUGUAUCCUGAACCGGGCUUGGUCGAGUUGGACCCCGAAGAGCUGUGGAGAGGAUUCGUUAAGGUGGUGAAUGGUGCUGUGCAAGACUCAGGUUUACAGAUGCGUCAGAUGGAGACCCUGGGCAUCUCCACUCAGAGAGGCACCUUCACCACGUGGGACAGGAAAACAGGAGUUCCCUUUCACAACUUCAUCAGCUGGCAGGACUUGAGGGCAGUGGAACUGGUGAGGUCCUGGAACAACUCCUGCACCAUGAAGGCGAUCCACGGCGUUAUGAUGGCGCUGCACUUCCUGUCCAAAAAUAAGCGCUUUCAGGCGGCCAGCCUCAUAGUCUUCUCCACCCAACACGUCACCUUCCGCCUGGCCUGGGCCCUUCGACACUGGAAACAGUUAAGUGAAGCAGUAGCAGAGGGCACCUGCUGCUUUGGGACGAUAGACACCUGGUUGCUUUAUAAGCUCACAAAAGGAUUGGUCCAUGCCACAGACUACUCUAAUGCCAGUGCCACUGGGAUGUUUGAUUCGUACCAGUUGUGCUGGAGUGAAUUCCUCUGCUGUCUCGUCUCGCUGCCUCUCUCCAUCCUCCCCAAAGUACUGAACACUGGUCACCGCUUUGGCUCAACCGAUCCCUCCAUCUUUGGGGUGUCGAUCCCUAUUAUGUCUGUUAUGGCAGACCAGCAGGCGGCCAUGUUUGGUGAGUGCUGCUUCGACAUCGGUGAUGUGAAGAUCACCAUGGGAACGGGCACCUUCAUGAACAUCAACACUGGGAGCAAGCCACACACGUCUGUGGCCGGUCUCUACCCUGUUGUGGGGUGGAAGAUCGGCCCAGAGGUGGUGUAUCUAGCAGAGGGCAAUGCAGCAGACACUGGCACAGCCAUUAAGUGGGCACAGGAGCUGGAGCUGUUCUCAGAUGUACGGGAGACGGAUGCCAUGGCCAACAGUGUGGCCAACUCGGAUGGUGUGUGCUUCGUUCCCUCGUUUAGUGGCCUGCAGGCUCCUUUAAACGAUCCCAAAGCAUGCGCCUCUUUCAUGGGCCUAAAACCAUCCACAACCAAGAGUCACCUGGUCCGAGCCAUUCUGGAGUCUGUUGCAUUUAGGAACAAGCAGCUCUAUGAGACGAUGCUUAGAGAAACACACAUUCCCAUCAGGAAGAUCAGGGCGGACGGUGGCAUUUGUACCAAUGACUUUGUCAUGCAGCUGACGGCGGACCUGUUUGGCAGGAAGGUCGCUCGGCCGACCCAACACGAAAUGUCCUGCCUGGGGGCAGCCUUCGUUGCUGGACUGGAAGUUGGCUUCUGGAAGAGUCAGGAGGAGCUGAAGAAACUACAGCGCACUGACCGAGUCUUCCUACCCCGGAAUUUGUACAGAAUGGGUGAUGGGGGCACGGAGGGCGAGUACACACCCAUUCUGCAGAGAUGGGAACAGGCGCUGAAACGCUCCAUGAACUGGUACGGCAAUCCCUGAGGCUCGUUAGGACAGUGAGACGGACGUAGGCUUACAGUUGGGUGGACGCACAGACGGGACCUCUGGUGCUGCUAACCAAAGCCCAAUGACUGCCUCUAUGAUAUCUGACCUCUCAAUAGUAUCUCUCUGUCCAUGGGUUGGACAGAUGGGAAAAUACUUUAUUUUUAAUUUUUAAAUCGUAUUAUUCGAAGUAAACACUUAUCUGACAUGACUAGAUCUGUAAAAUGUAGUAUAAUCCAACUGUGUUAUAUUAGUGACUAUGUCAAGGAAGGAAGGAUAGGAUGAAGGAGGAUGCAUUUGAAAAAUAUUGGACCUGGGUUUUAGGACCGAGUGGACCUCUAAUGCUGCUGAACCUUAUGACCUUUUGACUUAUUUUGACCCCAUACAACCUUACCUAACUCAUUACAGCACACAAGGAAAAUGUUUUCUGAACGUUUCACGACUGUGAACUAAACUGUCUUUCUCGUAGUAGUCUCUCCCUGUUCCAGUGUUUUCAUUGUGUCUGAUGGACACCACCCAGGUGUCUAGUCUCUCCCUGUUCCAGUGUUUUCAUUGUGUCUGAUGGACACCACCCAGGUGUCUAGUCUCUCCCUGUUCCAGUGUUUUCAUUGUGUCUGAUGGACACCACCCAGGUGUCUAGUCUCUCCCUGUUCCAGUGUUUUCAUUGUGUCUGAUGGACACCACCCAGGUGUCUAGUCUCUCCCUGUUCCAGUGUUUUCAUUGUGUCUGAUGGACACCACCCAGGUGUCUAGUCUCUCCCUGUUCCAGUGUUUUCAUUGUGUCUGAUGGACACCACCCAGGUGUCUAGUCUCUCCCUGUUCCAGUGUUUUCAUUGUGUCUGAUGGACACCACCCAGGUGUCUAGUCUCUCCCUGUUCCAGUGUUUUCAUUGUGUCUGAUGGACACCACCCAGGUGUCUAGUCUCUCCCUGUUCCAGUGUUUUCAUUGUGUCUGAUGGACACCACCCAGGUGUCUAGUCUCUCCCUGUUUCAGUGUUUUCAUUGUGUCUGAUGGACACCACCCAGGUGUCUAGUCUCUCCCUGUUCCAGUGUUUUCAUUGUGUCUGAUGGACACCACCCAGGUGUCUAGUCUCUCCCUGUUCCAGUGUUUUCAUUGUGUCUGAUGGACACCACCCAGGUGUCUAGUACUGGAAUGGAGAUGAGCUACAAGAGGAAACUGAACCAAACCAUGUGACCUCUGGUGGUUACUAUCCAUGCUAGAACCAAUGGAUUCCCAUUGAAACCAAUACUCUGUAUUUCCAGUGAGACCAUAAAUACACGGUUUAUGAGAUGCAAGAUUGGCUCACCUUCUGUGGGCCUUCAUAUAUAUAUAUUUUUUAAAUUAUUUUCUUAAAAAAAAUUGGAAUCAUAAACUAUAAGCAAAUUAUAUUGAUUCUUAUGGUCAUAAAUUUAAUGAAUGGUCCCUUCUCAGAAAUCAGCAGUAACUGCUCUCUACGGUGUACUAUCUCUAUUGCCUGGUUGGUUACCCAGACUCCUUGCUCUGGCCAAACGCUUACGCCAGGCCUGCUGACGGUAGUUUCUUCUCUGAGUCUGGAUCUGAGUACCUCCCUGACAAGUUCUAGAAUGUAAACGCAUUUGAACUGUUCUGACCCUGAAUAAAAACCUACUUGGACCUUAAAGUGGCAGGUAGCCUAGUGGUUAGAGUUGGGCCAGUAACCCAAAGGUUGCUAGAUCGAAUCUAUGAUCUGACGAGGUCAAAAUCUGUCGUUCUGCCCCUGAACAAGGCAGUUAACCCACUGUUCCUAGACCGUAUUUGUAAAUAAGAAUUUGUUCUAGUAAAAUAAAUAAAUAAAGCACUAUGUGUCGUUCCUCUUUUCAGUUCGCUGCAGCUAGUGUCUGUAACGAGCUGCAACAAACACUCAAACUAGACAGUUUUUUUUUCUCAUUAUCUUCAUUCAAAGACUUAAUCAUGGACACUCUUACUGACAGUUGUGGCUGAUUUGUGUGAUGUAUUCUUGUCUCUACCUUCUUGCUCUUUGUGCUGUUGUCUGUGCCCAAUAAUGUUUGUACUGUGUUUUGUGUUGCUACCAUGUUGUCUGUUGUGUUGCUACCAUGUUGUCAUGUGUUGCUACCAUGUUGUCAUGUUGUGUUGCUACCAUGUUGUCAUGUUGUGUUGCUACCAUGUUGUCAUGUUGUGUUGCUACCAUGUUGUCAUGUUGUGUAGCUACCAUGUUGUCAUGUUGUGUUGCUACCAUGUUGUGUUGCUACCAUGUUGUCAUGUUGUGUUGCUACCAUGUUGUCAUGUUGUGUUGCUACCAUGUUGUCAUGUUGUGUUGCUACCAUGUUGUCAUGUUGUGUUGCUACCAUGUUGUCAUGUUGUGUAGCUACCAUGUUGUCAUGUUGUGUUGCUACCAUGUUGUCAUGUUGUGUUGCUACCAUGUUGUGUUGCUACCAUGUUGUCAUGUUGUGUUGCUACCAUGCUGUGUUGUCAUGUGCUGUUGCCUUGCUAUGUUGUCUUAGGGAUCUCUUUUAUGUAGUGUUGUCUCUCUUGUCGUGAUGUGUGUUUUGUCCUUAAAUUAAUUUUUUUAUUAAAAAUAGAUUUUUUUAAUCCCAGUCCGUCCCCAGCCUUUUUGCCUUUUGGUAGGCCGUCAUUGUAAAUAAGAAUUAGUUCUUAACUGACUUGCCUAGUUGAAUAAAUCGAUAAAAUAAAUACACAUAGAGAGAAAUAACAUAUUGGAAGUCAUGUAAAGGCUCUAUAAAGGCUCAUACAUACUUAUAACAAGAUAUAAAGGCAUGAAGUAAAAUAUUACAGAAUAUUUUAAUUGGUCAGUGCGGGGGCGGCAGGGUAGCCUAGGGGUUAGAGCGUUGGACUAGUAACCGAAAGGUUGCAAGUUCAAAUCCCCGAGCUGACAAAGUACAAAUCUGUCGUUCUGCCACUGAACAGGCAGUUAACCCACUGUUCCUAGGCCAUCAUUGAAAAUAAGAAUUUGUUCUUAACUGACUUGCCUAGUAAAAUAAAGGUAAAAUAAAUAAAAAAGUUGUUGGUAGACCGUGUCAGUGCCUCAUUGCAGUGCCCCCCUUGUCCAGGAGAGGGAGCUUGUCACUGCUUUUCAACAGAGUUCAGGAACACCAUGGACAAUGCUACGCAUAUACUGUCUCCUUGUCACCUUUCCUUCGUUCAUUACGCUGCUCUGGAAAAGUUCUGGAUCAGUGAAAACAAGUGUCCCAGUGGCCUACACGACCCUCGUAUUAGUGCAGAGACAGAGGAGGGUAAGACAAGGAGAAUUCUCAAAAGGCUUCCUCUCCUUGUCUUACCCUCCUCUGUCUCUGCACUAAUACGAGGGUCGUGUAGGCCACUGGGACACUUGUUUUCACUGAUCCAGAACUUUUCCAGAGCAGCGUAAUGAACGAAGGAAAGGUGACAAGGAGACUAUAGGAUUUGAUAGAAUUACAUAAUAUAAUACUUUUGAGAAUCGACCCUCAUUUGCCUGCAUGCUUGAAUCGGAAACUCUUAUGUAUGUUUAAUGUUCUUACAGACACUGAUUAUUGUGAUUGUGGUUUACAUGAAUUGGAAAGACAUUAACUGUUAUUGGAGGGAAAUAUUGCACAGUGUUACUUUAGCCCCGUGUUAUUAUGAACUAAGAGAAAGUAUCUGUUGUCUAUGUUUCUGGCAUUUCAAUGGACUGAGUGCUUCCAACAGCCUACGUGGAGAUUGUGCUGCUUAAUUCUGGCCCUUAUCGGCCACCAUACCCUAAUGUACUAUUGGAUAUUUGUGACAUUUUUACAAAUGUAUUUUGUAUUGCUAUCCAUCUCUCUCCAUUUCUGUUGUCGUGUCUACCUUUUUUUUCCCCAAAGAACAUCAAAUGAAGGAGAUUACAUGUUAACAAAUAGGAUGCUGAUGUUUUAACACUUGAACAAGACUAUUUGAAACCCUACUCUUUAUGUAUAACUGUUGUUAAAACAGUUGCCAAGUACUUACUUGUAAGCACGAUACAUGUUUGAUUUGUCUAUACAUCGUUAACCAUUUAUCUGUGGAUACAAUUGGGAGAAUGGGUGUUGUGUAAUAAUGGUUACACGGUUAAUAGGAACAUUAAAAACUUACAUGAUAUAAAU